AUGGACGCAACGAAUUAUAUAAAAAUCCCUAAAAGGGAAGAUAUAAAACCAGUUUUGCAUAGAAAAGAUAUAAAUUUCGAAGAUGAAAAAACAGAAUUUCUUUGUUUUAUAUGUUUGGAAAAAAAUUCUAAAGAUUUUGUUUUAUAUCCAUGCUGUUCUUUAUGUUCAGCAGUUGUUCAUAAAAAAUGCUGGUACAAGUUGAGGAAAACACAAAAAUUAAAUUCUCUUAGAUCAAAAUUAUUAGGAUUAAAUAAAUCAGAUCCAAUAUUAUGUUCAAUAUGCAAAACAGGUGUAGCAAAAAUAGAAGAAGAAGGUGAUGAUUUUAAAUGGGCACAAGAUUGUAAUAGCAAUAAAGAGUAUUUACAAGAUGAGCUAUUGAGAACUAUAUAUUCUGUUUUAAAUAAUAGAGUAGAUAAUAAUAACAAUCAUUCUAUUUUACAUUCCAGAUAUAUAUUUGUUUUUAAUUUAGCUUUCUUAAUUAUUUUGGUAACUUUAAUAGUAUUGCUUAUUUUAUUUUUCAAGGUCCCAAUACCAUAUGCAUUUCUAAUAGGGUUACUUAUAUUAUAUGAAGUUAUUGUUAUACAAAUAGUGAUCUAUUUUUAUAUUAAAAUAAAAUAUAAUUAA